CAACAUCAAGUUCUGAAAAAAUAAAUGGAAGGCAUCGAACAUUUUUUGUUGUGCAAUUUUGUGUUUGUCCUCAUCAGAGCAAGGAAGUCGUUUGAUUAAAUUAUCAAUCAAAUUAAAAUAUUUGGUCUACGAUUAACCAAAGUAUCAACAUGUCAGUCGUGAUGGAGGUCUGCCGGACGUGUAUGACCGCGAACCAGAAAAAGCGCCCUGGAAAGCUGGUGUCCAUCUUCGCUGAAUUUGAGGGUGCAGUAAUAGCAAACAUUAUCACGGAUUGCACUGCCGUUCAGAUUGCUGAAAACGAUGGCCUACCAGUGGUAAUUUGUUACGAAUGUUUCGAAACUUUAAAAUUGUUGACCGCUUUCAAAAUUACCGCCCGGAACUCCGACAGUAAGCUACGCAUGAUUUGCAAAGAGGAAUCUGUUGAAAGUUAUGAUAAGGCCUACAUUGCUGCGCAAGUUGAAGUGUUGUAUGGGGAAUCGCAGCAUCAAUGUGCUUCGUUCAGUUACGUAUUGCUUUCAAGUUUACAUAACUCUUUUCCAAACUUCGAGACAGUCUACUUCGUAUUCAUCGUCUGA